AUGGCAUUAGGCGACCCCACAAGCACCUCCACCUCUUCCAGUGCCACCGGUACAGCAGGAAGCAGUCUCAGCUCUCCUUUCACCCCUACCUCCACCAUCAUCCCCGCCACCUCUACUCCCGGCCUCGGUGACGGCAACGGCUCCAUAGGCGGCGAGUCCCCAUUCUUCAAAAUGGGUACCUCUCCCCCUCUUAUCAUAGGAUUCAUCGCCAUCGGAACUUUCGCACUUGGUGUAAUCGCGUUGUGCGCUUGGCGGAGGAUUACAGGGCGGGAUUUGGCUUUGGGUGAGAGGGACGGAGGCGGGAAUGGGGUCGGGGGAGGAUGGGGAGAGGGUAGUAAGGUUGUGUUGGGGAAGAAACCGGAGUUGUUUGAGGUUUGGUGGGAUGAGGGGGACGAGAAGGGCUACGGAUAUCGUGGUGGAGGUGAGAGACCUGUUAGUGAGGUUAGUGAGAAGGGGAAGAGGGCAAGUUUUGCGGCGAGGGAAGACUUGGGUUGGCAGAGCUUGAUGCCCAUCUCCGCCACAAUCGUAACGGAUCCCACGCCGCCACCUCGACCGCCAUCGCCACCUCCCUCACCAAAGAAACCUUUUUACAAAGGACACCUCAGAUCAUUCUCAAACGGGUCGAGAGCCAUGCCAGAAAUAACGACCAAUAGUGAUGCUCAGACUUCCCAAGGUGAACCAGAUGCAUCGUCAUCACGGCUAGCCAAAAGCGACAGCCAGAACGCCAGUCUCCAAGUCGCCGUGGUCCUCGCUAUGCCUUCGGAGCGUCGAAGCAUUACGCGUAAGCGGAGGAGCGUGGUCUCAUCUGUGUCCUCAUCCUCAGAUGCUGGGAGUGGUGAUGGAGAAAAGAACAGCGGUCAAUCCCAGUCUCCAUCAGAGGAGUCGGAGUGGGCGUUGGAGGGGAGGGAGUAUACGAUCGGAUUGUUGGAGAUUCCUUGGACGACCAGAGCGCAGGGCGAUGAGAAGGAAGGCCGUGAAGGUGUUAGGACUGGGGGUGUAGUGGGGAGCGACAGUAGAAAUCUGGAUUUUCUGUACUCUACCAUGGCCGUUUUCACGAUUUUUUUGGUGUACGACUGA